CGACCCCCGCUCCAAAAAUUGUCUGGAAGAAAUUUAGGCUAUGCUUCCUUUACUACCCCGCAGAGACCUUGGGCCGUGACGUCGCGAUUAACCCAACUUUUGGAAAGUUCUUCAGGAGGAAAACAACCACGGAACUGUUUCCUUUUUAUUCCGCAAUUUGUCGUCGAAAUGAGAAUACAUUUAUCACGCUGUACAGAAUCUCUAGGAGUGCUCUUGAUAAUCUGUGCAAUAGUGUUUGUGAAUAACUGCGACUGUGCGAUUGAAGACGAUGUGGUGUUGGAGAAGAAAGAUCUUUCCGAACUCUACAACAAGGGUCUGUUCAUCAUGGAGAGUACCCAGUUGAAGCGCUGCAUCUCCUCUAACCUGGUCCUGGAGAGCUGUGAGAGGCCCACCCGCCGUAUGCUGUGGAAGUGGGUGUCUCGCCACCGCCUCUUCAAUCUGGGUAGCAGCCUCUGUCUGGGCCUGAACAUCAGCGACUCCACCCAGCCCCUGGGCACCUUCGAGUGUGACUCACCCCUCCGGACCCUGUGGUGGAGGUGCAAUGGGAAUACGUUGUACGGGGUGUACGGGGCGUCCCAGCUGAAGCUGUCCGUGGCUGGACGCCUGGUGGUGGUCAAGAGGGCCAGUUAUCAUCAGUGGCGGAGGUACUCUACACCGGGGGAGGGGCCAUGUGCCUAUCCUUAUGAGGAGAUCCACACACUGUUGGGUAAUGCCCACGGCAUGCCUUGUGCCCUGCCGUUCAAAUACAACAACAAGUGGUACUCGGAGUGCACGGCAGAGGGGCGCGAGGACCACCAUCGCUGGUGUGCCACCACCAGUCGAUACGACCAGGAUGAGAAAUGGGGCUUCUGUCCCAGUCAAGAGUUGAGCUGCGAUACGUUCUGGGACUCGAACCAGGAGAGCCGUGCGUGUUACCAGUUCAACCUGUACACCAUCCUGACGUGGAGCCAGGCCGACUCCUCCUGCAUGGCCCAGGGAGGAAGUCUACUCAGCAUCACUGACCUCACUGAACAGAUGUACAUCAGAGAGCGGCUGGCUGACGUGGGGGUGACGGUGUGGAUUGGACUGAACCAUCUGAGUGAGAGGACAGGGUGGCAGUGGUCUGAUGGAGCUCCUCUAUCCUUAGUCAACUUCACCUCAGGCCUAUCCUCCAGCCCACUGCAGGACAACAGACAGUGUGGAGUGUAUAACUCUGGGGGGCACCAGUGGCAGAGUCUGUCCUGUGAUUCUGCUCUACCCUACAUCUGUAAGAAGACCCACAAUGACACCAGGAGAGCUGAGCCUCUUGAUAACUGGUUGUACUACCGCACGGCGUGUUCCGAGGGCUGGCUGGCCCACAACCGUUACUGCUACAAAGCCCUGGCAGAGGCUGAGGCAGGGAGCUGGGAGGAAUCCUCCACUGCCUGUAACUCCGUAGGGGCCAACCUCACCAGCCUACACUCUCUAUCUGAGGUAGAGCUGCUGCUGGGCCUGCUGGCUAACUUCUCAAGGUCUGGCUCAGAGGUGUGGAUCGGCCUGAUAAAGAAGCUAUCGUCUUCAACUGUAGAUUGGUCAGACGGCUCCCCAGUCGACCUCACUCUCUGGCACGUGCAUCAUCCUACCCAUAGCAACAGUCAGCUCUGUGCCAAGACUGACAUAAAGGAGGGGAACUGGCUGUUGGCACCAUGCGAUGAGAAGCUCCCUGCAGUGUGUAGGAGAGCAGGACUUCUGCCCCUACACCCCACUGGAGCAGGGGACGAGGGCUGUCCUGAGGAUUGGAAGUGGAAGGGCCACUCUUGCUACAUGGUGACGAGCCACGAGCAGAGCUAUGAAGACGCUGUCAAGGGUUACUACUGCAAGGCUCCUCUGGUCACAGUGGAAAACAGGUUUGAGCAGGCCUUUCUGAACAGCCUGGUAAAUGAGAUGGGAACCAACGGUAGUGUAUAUUACUGGACGGCCCUACAGGACCAGGGUAGCCAAGGAGAGUACAGCUGGCUGGGGGGACACAACGGAUCCACCCUACCCCUGCUCUAUACAAACUGGAACAGGCAUCAGCCAGUCAGUGCAGGUGGCUGUGUGGCUAUGACAGGCGGCCAGGCCUUGGGUCACUGGGAAGUGAAGGACUGCAAAUCCCAGAAGGCCUUGUCAGUUUGUAAACAGAGCAUCAGUGGUUACCAGGAGGUCCUGUUCCCCACAGUCCAUAUUGACGCUUACGCCCCCUGUCCUCCAGGCUGGGAAUCACACUCCGACCUGCUCCACUGUUACAAGGCGUUCCACAGCGAGAAGGUCCUGAUGAAGCGGUCGUGGGAAGACGCUGACUUCUUCUGCCAGGCUCUAGGAGCUCAGCUGGCCAGCUUCCACCACUACAAGGAGCAGGUCUUCGUCAAAGGACUCCUCCACUCCAUGUUUGAUGGAACAGAGGGUCGUUGGUUCUGGGUGGGCUUGAAUAAGAGAGACCCCCAGUCAGCAGGAUCUUGGGAGUGGUCUGACGGCACCCCCGUGGUGUCCUCCUUCAUAGAGGAUAAGAACGAGGAGGAUGACAGACGUAGAUGUGCCGUGUACAGCGACCUGACCAACGCCCUCCUGCCACAGCCCUGCGACACCAAGCACGAGUGGAUCUGCAAGGUUCCCAGAGGCAUGGAGCUGAACAAACCCUACUGGUAUAAUGACCAGAACGAGCCCUGGGUGUUCUACAGAGGAGCAGAGUAUCUGCUGGCCAAGCAGCCUUUUCCCUGGGAGGGUGUUAACCUGGCCUGUAUGAUGAUGGGCGCCCACUUGCUGUCUGUCCACUCUAAAGAGGAGCUCCGAUUCAUCAGAGAGCGCAUGGGGAAGCUCUCUCUGGGGUCGACUGACUGGUGGAUAGGGCUGUCCACAGACCUCGUGAGGGAAGAGUUCAGUUGGAGUGAUGAGUCCGCUGUGGAUUAUCAGAAUUGGGCAGAAGGAAGCUCCCAUGAUGCCCCAGUGAAACAUAAACAGUGUGUGACCAUGUCCUCUAUCUCAGGUCAGUGGUCGGCGGGUGAGUGUGGCGAUCUCCAUGCUCACGUAUGUAAGUGCCGGACCGUGUCCGUGGUGGAGAUUCCCAGAGAGCCUCACUACAUCGGAGGCUGUCCAGAGAGAUGGCUCUACUUCGGACACAGGGUUCACCUCAUUUCGCAUCCUUUUAUUCAUUUCAAAGCCUCUUGUUUCCUGCUGCACCUUCCCAACAGUGCUGAGGAGGGGAAGAGCUGGAAAGAUGCCCGGUCUAUCUGCUCCUCUUUCCAAGGCACGCUGGUCGCCAUCGAAGACGAGAUCGAGCAAGCGUACAUCACCAUGCUGCUCCAGGGCAGGACAGUGGGCGUUUGGAUUGGUCUACGGGAUGAGGACACCAUGAAAUGGACCAAUGGGAAACCUGUCAGCUACACCAACUGGUCCCCUGUAGAACCCAAGAACCCUCUGAUGAAUGAGUGGCUGAGCGGGCCCCUGGGCGGGGACGAUCCUCUGUGCACGGUGCUCUCCAACAACCACAACUUCCACCUGACAGGGAAGUGGUUCGACGAGAAGUGCACAGAAAGUGGAUAUGGCUUUGUCUGUCAGAGACCCCAAGACGCAGCUAAACCCCCAUCCCACUCCUACCUCCACCCUCUCCCUGACAAUAUUGAGUACAAGAACCGCAGAUACAGGGUUGUCCGUGGUAACAUGAACUGGUAUGAGGCGCUGCAUAUGUGCUUAGAGUCUGACUCUGAGCUAGUGAGCAUUACCGACCCCUUCCACCAGGCUUUCCUUACUGUCCUUGUCAAUAGAUUGGCAUUCCCCCACUGGAUUGGACUGUAUAGUCAAGACGAUGGGAUCAACUACCAGUGGUCUGAUGGCAGUGACACGGUCUUCACUCACUGGGUUGCGGCCGAUGAUGAUGAUUUCAUCCUGGGGGACUGUGUGUACAUGGACGUCACCGGGGGCUGGAGGAGGGCCGGCUGUGAGAUGCCGCUCCAGGGAGCCCUGUGCCGUGUCCCACCACCUAAGAGUAAUGCGUUCACCAGCUACGAGGUUGUGUGUCCAUCGACGUGGGUGAGGUUUGGCACCAGCUGCUACAGCUUUGAGCCCGUGGUCCAGAGACUGACCCUGGAGGAGGCCGGAGAGCACUGCAAACACAAAGCGAACACGUCAGAGGUCCUGACCAUACAGACAGAGACGGAAAACAGGUUCGUUCUGGAGCAGCUGUGGUCGUAUGGCUUCCCACAUCAAGCCGUCUGGCUGGGGAUGUUCUUCAACACUGACGCGGGCUCCAUGGCAUGGUUCGAUGGUUCUCCUAUGGACUACUCCAACUGGAACGUCAAGGCCCCAGACCCCAGCCUGCUGACAGCAGACACCUGUGUGUCCACCAGGGUGUCUGAUGGGAUGUGGCUCCUCUCUCAGUGCACUGACAGACUGGGCUUUGUCUGCAAAACUAACUCAGAUACGAUCCCCGAGGUAGAAGUGGAGCCACUAAAUGGGUUGCACCACAGUUUCGUCCCAGCCGCGGUCCUGGUGGCCAUGCUGAUCUUCGCCGUGCUGGUGGCGGUGCUCUGGCUCGUCUACAAGAGGAACAGGACGCACUUCCACAGACUGCCGUCCCUGGGAAACGCGUACUACAGACAUACUAGUUCCCAGGCCACAGACUUCGAUGGAAACGUUCUCAUCGCAGAUCUGGAAGCUCACUCUGGAGAAUAGGGUGUGUGUCCAAAAUGGCACUCUUUCCCCUAUUAGGUGCACUGCUUUGGUCAAAAGUAGUGCACUAUGUAGGGAAUACGGUGCCUUUUCCAGAUGCGCUAUAGGACUUAUUGGAGACAGCAAAAUGGUGGUGUUCUCUAAAGUUGGGUAAAGCAUGGGAAUGGGCCGAACUCUGUAUGACUGUGAAGAAUGGUAUGCCUCUGUGUGGGUCUGACAUGGACCACAGCAAGGGAACUUAGAGCAGGAUGUCAGAGCCCAAUUAGCUUUAUCCACUUGAAUCCACAGGAGGCUGCUGAGGGGAGGACGGCUCAUAAUAAUAGCUGGAACAGAGCAAAUGGAAUGGCAUCAGGCACGUGGAAACCAUGUGUUUGAUGUUUUUGAUACCAUUCAACUACAGUCAUUACCACGAGCCCGUUCUCCCCAGUUAAGGUGCCACCAACCUCCUGUGCUUUAUACAAGUAGUUGAUGAAUCAGGGACCAAUCGUGUGGCUGAGAGUGAGGGAGUGCAUCUUCGUGUGAUGUAAGUUUCGUCUUAAAGAGGACUAGAGCUGUUAUCCCAAGUACUUUGGCAUUCUAAUGUAGGCAUUUGAAAAUAGAUCGAUAUUCUUUGCACUGCAAGGUUGUUUUGUUAUUAUGGUACAAUGCCAACUGCUCCCACUAAUGCUGGUACCCACUAUAUAUGUGAGUACAAGUCUUUCCCACAGUGAAGACUUAGUUUUCUGUAAUGCCUUGUACAGGACCAAAACAAUUUUCUUCUUUGUUUAAGAUAACAAUGGCCGUGAUUCAGUUGUUCUUUACAGCAAAGACAAAGUCAUGCUUUUUGCAAUACAUUCUGUAGUCAUCUUCUAUGUAUUUUAUUCAUGAACAGAAAUAAGACCCCAAAUCAAUUCCAAGUUAUUUUUUUGAAACCUAACUUGUCAUUAAAGUACAGGGUUUCUUUGUUACCACUUUAUUGCACCAAACUCCAUCAAUGCAACACAGGAAAGAUUAUGUUUUAGUUUUUAAUUUUUGUUGUCGUUGUUUAUUGCGUAUUUUCCUACACACAGAACACACACUCACGCCCUCACAGUAUUUUUUAAAGUAGUUUAUAAGUACAUGCAUGAUCAUCAUAAGAGGAAGUGAAGAAAAAAUAAAGAGAAAAUGCAGGCAUUUAUUUAUGUUUUAUUAUUUAUCAUUACGAGAACAAUAUUUUUGACAUUCACUUCCAUUUUGUUCAUUUGGUCCACACGUCUGUCAAAAUGUAGGAGUACAGAAUGAAACCAAUGAACAAAAGAUGAAACAAAAACGAUGUAGCAAAGUACUGUUAUGUAAAUGGUAGCUCUUUGAGAAAUAAUCCCGUAUUCUAAGUAGACUCAUGUGUGGGUUGUUUGUUAUGCGGUACAGCCUUUGCUGUGUUACCUGUUGUUGUUUUUGUAUAUUGGGUACACAGAGUUAUUAGAUACGAAAUAUGUUGACGUAUGGGUUUUCUGUUGUGUGGAAAGAAAUACAUGCAAGAGGAUAUCACGGAUGCUUGAACAUGUUUACUGUCUCUUGUUCUUUUUUGUUGAUAAUGUUCAUAACAAAUGCUCUGUGCCUUCAGUGUGAAUAAAAUGAAGCUGUAUCCAA